CUGCCCCAUAUUAAUAAGCCUUAGAUCCUUCCAUGUUCACAACUCAGUCAAUUCUGCUGAGCUAAGAAGCACAAGACAUUCAAUUUCAAGCUCCAAAAAUGACUUACUUUGAGAAUGAGAACACCAUAGAAACUUAUGGAGUAUGAGACUUGCGACUCUGGGCCAAGUAUGUCUUAAAAGUUUAAAUCUUCCAUCAGCACAUCGACAUAACAUCUCCAAAAGCACCAAAAUCAUCUCGCAUGGCUUUCUUCCUUUCCAAUGAAGAAGAAGUUCGGUUAAAACAGAAACACAAUCUGAUUCCACUGCUCUUACUCUUUUUCUCCCGAACUCCACAAGUUGAAUUAACUUUUGUAGUGUUGCUUUUGAUUUUUUUUUUUUUUGUUUAAAUCUGAUCCUUAAGAAGUUGAACUAAUUUGACGAAAAACUGUUUUUAUAUUCUGUAGUUUCGAUGGAUUAACAACUUUUGAUAUAGAUUUCAACAUAAAACUGUGCAUGUUCUUGAAUUGUAGUUACCCGCUUAGAAAAAUCUCAUUGAAGAGUCUAAAAAUUCUCUAUUUUUUAAGUUAAAGAGUGUUAAAACAUUUUUCUGAUAAUUGAAGAUUGUAAAGGAUGUCUAUAGCUUCAUCCUCUGCACCUAUUUUGAACUCAAAAGCAAAACUUCAACGUCAUCAUCGUAAAGGGUAACUUCAAAUUCAAUUGUUUAACAUAAAUAUGAAUAAUGUGUUGUUUGUCACUGUCCAGACUAUAGAGAGUACAAAAUGUGUUUAAAUACUAAGGCAUAAUUGGCCGAAUCUGUGAUCAAUUGUUGUUUUCUGGUGUGCAUUUAAUUAUCGGUUUACUUUAGAGCCGGCUAUGUUUUUCUAACACUACUCAACCUUGGAACAUUGAUUAAUUGUUUCUCUUUAAUGGAUUAUAUAUAUGCAGGUGAUAUUUCUGAGCCAUUGCUAGCUCAGAAAGUUGAAACAAAACAAACAGGACUAGGCCAUGCUACUUUUCUCAGCAAGUUGAUUUUCUCUUGGGUUAAUUCUCUACUCAGAUUAGGUUACUCAAAGCCACUAGAUCUUGAAGACAUACCUUCCCUUGUUUCUGAAGAUGAAGCAGACAUGGCUUAUCAAAAAUUCGUUCGUGCUUGGGAAUCACUUGUUAGAGACAAGACAAAGAAUAAUACAAAGAGUUUGGUUCUUUGGUCUAUAAUUAGAACUUUCUUAAAAGAAAACAUAUUAAUAGCAUUUUAUGCAUUAAUCAGAACUAUUUCUGCUGUAGUUUCACCUCUUAUACUUUAUGCUUUUGUUAACUACUCAAAUAGAACUGAGGCAGAUCUCAAACAAGGUCUUUCCAUAGUUGGUAUUUUAAUUCUAACCAAAUUAGUUGAUUCUCUGUCUCAAAGACAUUGGUUUUUUAACUCAAGGAGGUCAGGAAUGAAAAUGAGAUCAGCUCUUAUGGUGGCAAUUUAUCAAAAGCAACUAAAGCUUUCUAGCUCGGCAAGGACAAGACACUCGGCCGGUGAAAUUGUGAAUUACAUUGUAGUUGAUGCAUAUAGAAUGGGAGAAUUUCCAUGGUGGUUUCAUAUGGCAUGGGCUUCUGCACUUCAAAUUGUUUUGUCUAUUUUUAUUCUUUUUGGUGUUGUAGGUAUUGGUGCUCUUCCAGGUUUAGUCCCUCUUCUUAUAUGUGGACUCCUCAAUGUACCAUUUGCAAGGAUCCUACAAAAUUGUCAGUCACAGUUUAUGAUUUCACAGGACGAACGUCUUCGAUCAACUUCGGAAGUUCUAAAUAGUAUGAAGAUCAUUAAGUUACAAUCAUGGGAAAAAAAAUUUAAGAACUUAAUCGAGUCGCUACGUGAUAAAGAGUUUGUAUGGCUGUAUAAGGCACAGAUCCUGAGAGCUUCUAGUUCAUUUCUUUAUUGGAUGUCUCCUACUGUUAUAUCCGCCGUUGUUUUCCUUGGAUGUGCUGUUUCCAAAAGUGCACCAUUGAAUGCUGAAACCGUUUUCACAGUUCUUGCAACAUUGAGGAACAUGGGAGAACCAUUUAAAUUGAUCCCAGAGGCUCUUUCCAUUAUGAUUCAGGUGAAAGUUUCGUUUGAUCGUCUUAAUAACUUUUUGCUUGAUGAAGAGAUAAACAAUGAUGAUGGCGAAAGAAGCUUGAAGCAAUUUUCAGUUAAUGCUAUGGAAAUUCAAGAUGGAAACUUCAUUUGGGAUCAUGAAUCAGUGUCUCCAACUUUAAGAGAUGUUAAUAUAGAAAUCAGGCGGGGACAGAAAAUUGCAGUUUGUGGACCAGUUGGAGCUGGAAAAUCAUCUCUUUUGUAUUCAAUACUAGGAGAGAUUCCAAAGAUUUCAGGAACUGUUAAUGUAGGUGGAACUCUUGCCUAUGUUUCUCAGUCUUCUUGGAUACAAAGUGGAACAGUUCAAGAUAAUAUACUAUUUGGCAAGACCAUGGACAAAACAAGAUAUGAGAAAGCAAUUAAAGCUUGUGCCUUAGAUAAGGAUAUCAAUGAUUUCAGCCAUGGUGAUCUUACAGAAAUAGGUCAGAGAGGGAUCAAUAUAAGUGGAGGACAAAAGCAAAGGAUUCAACUAGCUAGAGCAGUCUACAAUGAUGCUGAUAUUUAUCUCCUUGAUGAUCCUUUUAGUGCAGUUGAUGCUCAUACAGCUGCAAUACUAUUCAAUGACUGUGUCAUGAAUGCUUUAAGAGAGAAAACAGUCAUUCUAGUUACUCAUCAAGUGGAGUUUCUCUCAGAAGUUGAUACUAUCUUGGUAAUGGAGGGUGGAAGAGUUAUUCAAUCAGGUAGUUAUGAGAAUAUUUUAACAUCUGGAACAGCCUUUGAACUACUUGUGAGUGCUCAUAAAGACAAAGUUACUGAGUUGAAUCGAGAUAGUGAAAAUAGAGGAGGUUACGAAAAUGAGGUUUUGCCUAAUCCUCAAGACUCUCAUGGUUUUCAUCUCACUAAAAAUAAAAGUGAGGGAGAGAUUUCUAGCAUCAAGGAUCCAAUUGGUACACAACUUACACAAGAGGAAGAAAAAGUGAUUGGUAACGUUGGAUGGAAGCCAUUUUGGGAUUAUAUUAAUUAUUCCAAAGGGACAUCCAUGUUGUGUUUAAUCAUGUUAGCACAAUCUGGUUUUAUGGCUUUGCAAACUUCAUCAACCUAUUGGCUUGCUAUUGGCAUUGAAAUUCCAAAAGUAACUAAUACCACCUUGAUUGGAGUUUAUGCAUUAAUUUCUUUUUCUAGUGCUGCUUUUGUAUAUUUAAGGUCUUACUUGACUGCACUUUUGGGAUUAAAAGCUUCUACUGCUAUUUUUUCAAGCUUUACGACAGCUAUCUUCAACGCUCCUAUGCUUUUCUUUGAUUCAACUCCUGUAGGAAGGAUUUUAACUAGGGCUUCAUCAGAUUUGAGUAUUUUGGACUUUGAUAUACCUUAUUCCAUCACCUUUGUAGCAUCAACAGCAAUUGAAAUUUUGGUGGUAAUUUGUAUAAUGGUUUCAGUCACAUGGCAAGUUCUCAUUGUUGCUGUUCCUGUAAUGGUUGCAUCAAUAUACGUUCAGCAAUACUAUCAAGCCGCUGCAAGGGAACUAAUACGGAUCAAUGGAACCACCAAAGCACCAGUUAUGAAUUUUGCAGCUGAGACAUCACUUGGAGUGGUUACUGUAAGAGCAUUCAACAUGGUAGACAGAUUUUUCAAAAACUACUUAAAACUUGUGGACACAGAUGCUUCAUUGUUCUUUCAUUCUAAUGUGGCGAUGCAAUGGAUGGUUUUAAGGAUUGAAGCACUUCAAAACUUGACUGUCAUCACAGCAGCUUUGUUGCUUAUUCUACAUCCUCAGGGAUAUGUAUCACCAGGCCUUGUGGGACUGUCUCUUUCUUAUGCUUUUUCCUUGACAGGAGCCCAAGUAUUUUGGACUCGAUGGUUUAACAACUUGUCAAACUAUAUUAUCUCCGUUGAAAGAAUCAAGCAAUUCAUUCACAUACCAGCUGAGCCUCCCGCCAUUGUGGAUAAUAACCGACCUCCAUAUUCGUGGCCUUCCAAGGGCAAGAUUGAUCUCCAAGGCUUGGAGAUUAGAUAUCGCCCUAAUGCUCCAUUAGUCCUUAAGGGAAUCACUUGUACUUUUCAAGAAGGAAGUAGGGUAGGAGUUGUUGGAAGGACUGGAAGCGGAAAAAGUACACUUAUAAGUGCUUUGUUUCGCUUAGUUGAGCCUUCAAAAGGUGAUAUUCUUAUUGAUGGAAUUAACAUAUGCUCAAUCGGGUUAAAGGAUUUGAGAACAAAGCUAAGCAUCAUUCCGCAAGAACCAACACUUUUCAAAGGCAGCAUUAGGACAAAUCUGGACCCUCUAGGCCUGUACUCAGAUGAUGAAAUAUGGAAGGCUGUAGAGAAAUGUCAGCUUAAGGAAACAAUCAGCAAGCUACCAAGUCUCUUGGACUCUUCUGUGAGUGAUGAAGGUGGAAAUUGGAGCUUAGGACAGCGGCAACUGUUUUGCCUUGGAAGAGUUCUACUUAAAAGAAAUAGAAUUCUUGUUCUAGAUGAAGCAACAGCAUCCAUUGACUCAGCCACAGAUGCAAUUCUACAAAGAGUAAUUAGACAAGAAUUCGAAGAAUGCACAGUUAUAACUGUGGCUCACAGAGUUCCAACUGUAAUAGACAGUGACAUGGUUCUGGUCUUAUCUUAUGGGAAACUGGUGGAAUAUGAUGAGCCUUCAAAGCUAAUGGACACAAACUCUUCAUUCUCUAAGCUGGUAGCUGAAUAUUGGUCUAGUUGCAGGAAGAAUUCCCUUCCAAACAUUAGCAGACAGCAACAAUGAAUACCAACUUUAUGAAAAAUAAACUGAAGGAAAAUUGUUGACAUCCCAAUAGUUAUGAGCCCAAAAGAAUAAAGAGAAAAAUUUGAUUCCUUGAAAAAAAAAUUAUAAAUAAAUCUACAUAUUUCAAUUUAGUUUCUCUCCCUAAUCUAUCUAUCUAUAAUAAAUAUAUUAAACCCUAGGCAAGUGUUGUGGAGAUGUCUCUCAACAAAUUCAAUCAGUAUUAUUUUGUGUUAAUAGACUUUUCAAAUUUUUAGUUUGUAAUAAUAGUCAAUUUGUCAUAAA